UAAUGAUCUCUACAACAUAUUUUUUUUCAUUCAGUGAAAUAAAAAAGAUAAAUAAAUAAACCAGACAAGACAAUACCUAGAAAACAAAAUAAAACGGACGAAACUUCAGCAAAAAUAUAAACGAAGUGCAAAAAAACAAGAAACUCAAAAAGAGACAAAUAGAAAAAAAAGAAAAGAAAAACCAUCAAAAGAAAAAGAAAGCAUGAGCCUGUAAAAACAAUAUAGUAAACAGUCCCGAGGCGAAGAUGGUAAAAAGGCACACCACGCCCAGCUGAUCGUCGCGAGAGGGACAGUACCGAGGGCAAGAUGGCGCCAGGCUGGGGAACCACGGCGCUGCUGCUGAUGAUGAUGAUGAUGGCGAUGGAUUUACCUGUUGUUUCUACUGAGCCACCACCAGACUCCCUAGGAUCAGAGACGAGAGCAGUUUCCUCAACAUCAAUUAGAAGUUUUGAACACCCGCCAGAUGUGACACUUCGAGGUGACUUUCUCGACUACGCCUACACGGGGGGACGACAGCCUAUCAAAGUGCGACGACCACAUGACAGUGACGACUUCUACGACGACCCAGCUGACUCAAACGACGCGGAGUACGACGACUACUAUUAUUAUUACUUCGAUGACGAUGACAGCGACGAUACACUGACCAAAGACGACAGGACCAACGACUUAGAUUUGCUUCACGACAAUGUUAUUCACAAAGACGACAAUAUAAAGUCGAGAAAAUGUUCCUGCGAUAAAGAGAAAGACGGGUCAGAGAAGUUUCAAAUAAAGGGUGCAGCAGGAGUGGACUUCCCGGCCCUUACCUCUCUUCCCAGAACCUCAUUCAGGUGUGAGGGGCGCGAGCUGGGAUACUACGCCGAUCUUGAGACCAGGUGCCAGGUUUUUCACGUAUGCGAGCCAGGUAACGCGCAACACGACUUCCUGUGCCCGAAAGGAACCAUAUUCAACCAGAAGUACAUCGUGUGUGACUGGUGGUACAACGUGGACUGCCCGCGUUCACCUGAAUUCUUUGACAUUAAUCAGGAUUUCUUUAAGGACGGCAAAAUAACAGCUCCCCCAGCCCCGCCUCCCAGCGUAGGCAGCCCCGUCCACACACCAGUCGUUUCUUCUGCUGGGCUUCCCCUCACACACCAGCAGGGACGCCCCAAGCACAGGCGGCGAAAGCAACGACCCAGACCACGGCAGCAGGCGCAAGCAGAACCCGUGACACCCCAAGCAGAGGAAUACGUCCCUCCACUGCCUCCUGACGUCUCUUACUCCCGUCCUGAAGGCGUCGCAGCAAUAGGUAACGUCAGAAGCUCGUUUGGUUCACCAGGAGGACCACGUCCACCCACUAGUGCUGCGGGACUUCCCUACGUGACGCCCUCCAGAGGCACAGGUACUUCAGGAGGCAGCGUCAGCCCCGUCAGAAGCACCGUCAGGCCACAGCAGCGCCCCCGAGCCCCCAGCUGGCGAGGCAACACGCGCAGCAGGACCAGACAGCUCGGGGGAGGCCUUGAAGUCAGCUACCGUCUCGGGGGGCACGGCAAGGCGCCCCCUGAGAAACUGACGUCACGACCACGCGCCAUCUCUCAAUCUCUUCCAUCUUCAACUCCCCCUCCUCCUCCUCCUCUUCCUCCUACCACUACCACUCCUGCUCCUCCUCCACCCGUCACCCCUGGCUCACAUGAACGAGACUUCUACGGCGUGACACCUAGCGGCGCCUUCGAGGACUAUUACUACUACGAGGACGAGGCGGAGGACGAGUACGAGAGUCUGGCGGCGCCCGUGAGUGGUGUGGGCGGCGAGCAGUGGGCGGGUCUGGAGCAAUUAAGACUACAGGAGGUGGAAACAGACGAGUGGUGGAGGAAGUACUUGGGUGGCGAGGUGGAGGAGGGGAAUGCUGCCUCCCCCACUCCCGCCUCGCCCGCUCCCGCCCUCACCCUCACCCCAGCUUACACCCCAACGCCCAUACCCCGCCACGCCACCACCCAGGACACGCACGCCCAAGAGAGUGAGUGGUGA